UCAGAAGAAACGUCAAACCACACCGCGAUUACAAAAUACUCGCAUGUUUACGGUGAACUCUCCGGCUUUCGACGGUUCGCGGUUCCACUUGAUUCUGUGAAAAGUGUCUUCAACUUCACCCCACAAUGUCCUCACUGCUCAAAUUAGCCCUGUUUCGACCUACCGCUCUCAGUGCAUUUACCCGACCCGCAGCGGUUCGUUUCUGCAGUUCCAAAGUGCCUUCGGAUGCUUCCGCCGAUCAGCUGGAAUCCGCUACGCCCGAGGCUAAGCUGGGCGGCUUCGCCAAGGCAUUCGAAAAGCACUCCGCACCGCAGACGGACACUGGGGUGGUGGAACCGCCCAAAUCGUUUGCCUCCCUGCUGAGGAAUUCCAAAUUUAUGGAUCUUGGAGAUCCAGAGAACAAAGUUGUUUCGGGCAAGAUCUUCCACGUGGUCGAGGAUGAUCUGUACAUUGACUUUGGCUGGAAGUUCCACUGCGUUUGCACGAGGCCAACUAAGAAUGCGGAGGAAUACGUCCGGGGUGCCCGCGUGCGGCUACGCAUUCGUGACUUGGAGCUAUCCACGCGGUUCAUCGGUGCCGACAAGGAUUUGACCCUGCUGGAGGCGGACUGUCAGCUGCUCGGGUUGAUUUCUUCGCCGACGAGGCAGCAAGGAACGCGUGGCGCAGUGGCCGCAGCGGAAGCAUCCUAACCGAAAAUUCAACAACAUUUCAUCGCCGUUUAAAGGUAAGCAAAAUCAACAACUUGUCUCAUUUCCAAUCACCAAACAGUGCAAAAAACGAGCUUCAAUUACAACCAUUGUGAGAAAGUUCAUUAGCACUUCAUUACAAACACGCCCGAGUCCCACAAUG